GAAGGGGGAGAGGAAGAAGAAAAGGAGGAGUGAAAAGCUUGGGAGUAGGGAGCCAAGAGGCGGGGACUUACUGAAAGUCUAUUGGCUUCAGAAGUGUCAGUCAUUUCACUUCCUCCUUGGAAAUGGCAAGAACACAGAUGAGAGGGCAGGAGGGAGUGAAGAGGGAGGCACCCUCACAGCUCUGUGGUUUUUCACAAAAAAGACUGCACAGGGGUUGAAACUGAAACAGAGCAAGUCUUGUAAAAGGAGUGCAGCCUCUUGCGCUCCCUCAUUCUCACGGUUUUCUGUUUUAAGGAGGCCAUUUUGACACCCAACACUGGAGCAGAGUGCAACAAAGUUAGGUGUUGUGUUUUCUUCCUUUGUUUUUUUUCCCCCUCCUUCCUCUCACCCACGGCCAGUUGUUUCACAACCAAGUUUGGACUUUCUCCUCUGCAGAGCUGUCUUUGGACGAAAGAACUGAAGGAGGGAGGAAAGUGGAGGUGGAACAGCAGCAGGAGGAGGUUUGCAGUCUCCCACCGGGGUAUCUUUCUCCUCUGAGUGUCUCAGACACUUUGCUCGUGCUUGACAUGGCAGGACAAUGAGAGAAGUCUGACGGCAAGAAAGAAGUGUCAGAGAGGAGGUAAAAACUUUGUUUCCUGGAUAAGGACUCCUUCCUUGAUCCACUGGAAGGAGGAAGACGAGGACUCGGAGGAACCAGGACGGUCGGCUCUGCGUCUGCCCACGCUUCCUCUGUUCCACUGGGAUCGUUUGAAUGAGUGGGACUCUUCUGCAAACUUUAAUCUGCACCUGGGUGUGUAAUUGUCAUUGUGUAUGCUGAGAGCUUCAGGCAGUCAGCAGACGAGAACAUCUGGACUCUGAAUGGCGAAUGCUAGCCCCUGCAUGACCUCGGGGUCAAUGGCCCAGGUCUUCUUCCCCCCUGGGGGGGUCUCCCCACCCGGGUCAGCUGUGAUGCAACCGGGGACCCCUAUAUCCAUGCCCUCUAUGCUCCCUCAGGGGGGCUUCCCUGUGAUGGACCUGGCAAUAGUGCAGUGCCCUGGCGGGGCUGCGAUGCCUUCACUGCCUCCCACCCCGUCGGGAGUGUCUUUCAUCAUCCAGAUUGGUCUGACCAGAGAAUCCGUCCUGAUGCCCCAGACUGCUGAUCUGGCUUACGUGAAACAAAUGGCCUGCUCUAUUGUUGACACCAAGUUCCCAGAGUGUGGCUUUUAUGGUAUUUAUGACAAGAUUUUACUGUUUAAACACGAUGCAUCCUCCAACAACAUCCUGCAACUGGUCAAAGGUGCAAAUGACAUUCAAGAAGGAGAUCUGGUGGAGGUGGUGCUCUCAGCGGCAGCCACCUUUGAAGACUUCCAGAUCCGACCCCAUGCACUUAACGUGCACUCCUACCGGGCCCCGGCCUUCUGCGAUCACUGUGGGGAGAUGCUGUUUGGACUGGUCAGACAAGGACUUAAGUGUGAUGGAUGUGGACUAAACUACCACAAGCGCUGUGCAUUCAGCAUCCCCAACAACUGCAGUGGAGCUCGUAAACGGCGUCUGUCCACCACGUCUCUGAGCAGCACCCAGUCCCUGCGUCUCUCCACCACUGAGUCGGUGUACAGUGUGGGGACGGCCUCCACCUGCACAGAAGAAACAAGUCUCAUUCGCUCCCACACGCAAAUGCCCCGGACCCCCAGCGAUGCGCGGCGGUUUUACACGGGCCGACCUGUUCAUCUUGACAAGAUGCUGAUGAGCAAGGUGAAGGUGCCACACACAUUUGCUGUUCACUCAUACACACGGCCGACCGUGUGCCAGUUCUGCAAGAGGCUUCUUAGAGGACUAUUCAGACAGGGCCUCCAGUGCAAAGACUGUAAGUUCAACUGCCAUAAACGCUGUGCAUAUAAGGUUCCUAAUGACUGCCUUGGAGAAACCAUUGGAGAAAACAGAAGUAACAGUGACAUGUUGAGUCCGAGUGCCGACCCUGAGGUGCCCAUGGACUACAGCAGUGAGUACGAGAGCUCUGACAAGUCCUCAAUGGAUGACUCAGAUGAGGCCUGCAGCAUCCCUGGGUCCUUCUCUCCUGACAACAACCAGGGUGGAACCAGUGGAGACCAAAGUGUUUACAUUCCAUUAAUGAGGGUGGUCCAGUCAGUGAGGCAGACGACCCGACGAUCCAGCACAGCUAUCAAGGAAGGAUGGAUGGUUCACUACAGUAAUAAGGACACACUGAGAAAGAGGCACUACUGGCGUUUAGACUGUAAGUGCAUCAUCCUUUUCCAGAAUAACACCACCAACAAAUACUACAAGGAGAUCCCAUUGUCUGAGAUCCUAGAAGUGCGUCCCGCGGCCAACUUCAGUCUCGUCCCACAAGGAACCAACCCACACUGCUUUGAGCUCAUCACAGGCACAAUGUGCUACUUUGUAGGGGAGGACCCCAACAGCCUCCCCUCUGUGUCCCCCAGCAACCCCCAGACCUCCCCUCAGACGCCUCCCUCCCCCAGCCAGGUGGCGCCCAACAGUGGCAUUGGCCGUGAGGUGGCAAAGGCGUGGGAGUGCGCCAUUCGCCAGGCCCUCAUGCCAGUCAUCUUUCAGGACGCACCGCCAGCUGAGGGGAAUACACCGCACAGACAAGCCUCUGUCAGCAUAUCUGUGUCCAACAGUCAAAUCCAAGAAAAUGUGGAUAUCGGCACAGUUUACCAGAUUUUUGCUGAUGAAGUGCUGGGAUCCGGGCAAUUUGGAGUAGUUUAUGGAGGAAAACACAGGAAGACGGGGAGAGACGUUGCUGUCAAAGUAAUUGACAAGCUACGGUUCCCCACAAAGCAAGAGAGCCAGCUGAGGAAUGAAGUGGCAAUCCUGCAGAGUUUACGCCACCUGGGAAUUGUGAACCUGGAGUGCAUGUUUGAGACCCCGGAAAAAGUGUUUGUUGUGAUGGAGAAGCUCCAUGGUGACAUGCUGGAGAUGAUCCUCUCCAGUGAGAAAGGCAGAUUGCCUGAGAGGCUCACCAAGUUCCUCAUCACGCAGAUCCUUGCAGCACUGAGACAUCUGCACUUCAAGAAUAUUGUUCACUGUGAUCUAAAACCAGAGAACGUGCUUCUCGCCUCCGCUGAUCCUUCCCCACAGGUCAAGCUGUGUGACUUUGGCUUUGCUCGUAUCAUCGGUGAGAAGUCUUUUCGCCGCUCCGUGGUGGGCACACCGGCCUACCUGGCCCCAGAGGUUCUGCUGAACCAAGGCUAUAACCGUUCUCUGGACAUGUGGUCAGUCGGUGUUAUCAUGUACGUCAGUCUCAGUGGGACAUUCCCCUUCAAUGAAGAUGAAGACAUCAAUGACCAGAUCCAAAACGCAGCCUUCAUGUACCCACCCAGCCCCUGGAAGCAGAUCUCCAAAGAUGCAACUGACUUGAUCAACAACCUUCUGCAAGUCAAGAUGAGGAAACGCUACAGUGUCGACAAAAGCCUCAGCCAUGCAUAUUUACAGGACUAUCAGACGUGGCUGGACUUGCGGGAGCUGGAGACUAAACUCGGAGAGCGUUACAUCACUCACGAGAGUGACGACAGCCGCUGGCAAAUGUUUGCCAGGGAGCAUAACAUGCCAUACCCUGCUCACUUUGUGCCCCCUCCCCCUGCAACGGCCUCCGAUGACGAGGAUGGUGGGGAGGACGCAGAUGUGCAAGGCCUCACUGAGAGGGUCAGCAUUCUCUGAGAACCGAGAGACAUAGGACUCAUAUAACAGGAAGAAAGAGGAUGAUGUGGUUUACCAAGAGUCUAAAAAGACAUGAGGUUGCAGAAAACCCUCAGUUCUAACAGGAAUACCGCCCAGCUGUUUAGACUUUCCGUGCUCGCAAUCUGCUUGGUGCCAGUUUUAUAUAAUUAAUCAAUUUUCUUUUGUUCAGCCUUCAGAACUUCCUUUUAUUCAGUUUCCUUUGCUGUUAUUGGUCCCCAUUCAUCUUUUAAAUUGUUUGAGUGUUCCUUGUACCAUGGAGACUGCCUGACUCAAUCUCACACUCUCUGUUUGGAAUACGUGACAUGUUUUCACAGGUAAAACUAGUCAAACGUUAUGUUUGCAUUUGUUACGCAAAGGAGUAGUCAUGUGUUGAUUUCUUUUUUCAGCGUGCCUCAAGUGGAGCAGGAAAUACUAUUUCAGUACAACCUAAGUUAUUAGUUGCAGGUUUGUUUUUCUAUAUAAAACAGACAAAUGUCAAGGAAACAGAGCGAAUUACAUGGAUUUUUACUGAAUAUCUUCAGUGAACAGCUACAAUAUUCUUACCAUGUGCUUUGAUGAUGUGGCUCUUUACAGUGACAAAGGACUUCCUCUAUGCUGGUAAUUAAUAUACUGAUUGUACAGGCAAUGUACUCUCAAAUGUAUUCCCAUAAAUCCAUGUCCUUCAGGACCCUAAACACUGAAAGUAUUGAUCUGGCAGAAGCAAAUCUUCCAGUAAUUAUCUCUAGCCACGAAAUGUAUGCAAUCAAAGAUGGCAUUGUGGGUUUAAAUGAACUCUAUGAUUGGAACAUUCCAUUAUCAGACUUUUUUUCAAACAUUACCUGCACCUAACAGAUUUUAUAACUUGUGCUUCAGCAACUGUUGCCAAGUAGUGAAAAUUGAUCCCAUGGUGUCAAAAUGACAACUAUCACCCAACUCUGAAAUCAAGCAGUUCACCAAUUUUAAUAAAGACAAUAUCAUGGGCAUAUCUUUCAGCAGGUGCAAGCUUCUCCCUAUGAUCUAGGAGCUCAAAUAACCACUUUAGUUUGCUAAACUAGAUUUCAUGCUAACUGGUUUGGUUUUUCACCACGUUUCCUGUCAGUAUGUUGCAUGUUUCUGUGAAGUAGAUUUAUGUAGAGUUAUCAUUGAGCAUGCUGUAGUUAUGACGAUCUGUUAUAAACAAAUGUGUAACCUGAAAUGUAUGCAGCUGUCAUAUUUGUGUAGACUAUGUACAACUUGUUUGGAUUAAGAUCCCAACCUUUAUAAAGUUAGUACAAAAAUA